AUGCUAGAUGACGAAGCGACCGUCGGGAUUGGUCCCGCAGAUGGAGUUCGCAAUGCAGCUCGAAGGCGUGCAAUCAGAGGGAAACGCGAUUCUGGACAUGAAGGUCAGGCCAGUUGGAUCAGUUGUGUGAUCAAUCUGGUCAAUACGAUUAUCGGAGCCGGUGUCCUUGCUAUGCCGCUGGCUGUCUCGCACAUGGGAAUAGUCCUUGGAGUUUGCGUGGUUUUAUGGUCGGGCGUGACGGCUGGGUUUGGUCUAUACCUUCAGUCACGCUGUGCGCAAUACUUGGAUCGAGGACAGGCGUCCUUCUUCGCUCUGUCCCAGAUCACAUACCCCAAUGCGGCCGUCGUGUUCGACGCGGCAAUCGCGAUCAAAUGUUUUGGCGUGGGAGUCAGCUAUCUUAUCAUCAUUGGCGAUCUGAUGCCGGGAGUUGUUCAGGGCUUUGUUGGUGAUUCCCCGGACUAUGACUUUUUGGUCGAUCGGCAUUUUUGGGUUACGGCUUUUAUGCUGGUCGUCAUCCCUCUUUCCUACCUCCGACGUCUAGAUUCCCUCAAAUAUACGAGUGUCGCUGCUUUGGUUUCCAUGUCCUAUCUGGUGGUAUUGGUUGUUUACCAUUUCGUGGUGGGAGACACGGUGGCCGAGAAAGGUCCUGUCCGGGUGGUUCACUGGGCAGGUUUGGUUCCAACCCUCAGCAGUCUCCCUGUGAUCGUUUUCGCAUUUACAUGCCAUCAGAACAUGUUCUCGAUAUUGAACGAAAUGGCCAAUGCCAGUCACUUCAGGACGACCUCGGUUGUUUUUGCGAGCAUUGGAAGCUCUGCUGCAACCUACAUUCUUGUUGCAAUCACUGGUUAUCUCUCUUUUGGAGACAACAUUGGCGGAAACAUAGUGAGCAUGUACCCUCCCGGACUUUGGGCCACGAUCGGACGUGCAGCCAUCGUCAUGUUGGUCAUGUUUUCGUACCCGUUACAAUGCCACCCAUGUCGCGCCUCCGUGGACGCAGUGCUGCGUUGGAGGCCCCAGCCAUCGUCGAAUAGCAACGACGGCUCUCCCCAUCGACACCCUCUGCUAGGCCCGCGGGGCAACCGACAGCCGGAGCCCAUGAGCGAUCUUCGUUUCUCCGUUAUCACCACGACGAUUCUCGUCUUGAGUUACGUUGUCGCUAUGACCGUGUCCUCCCUACAGGCGGUACUGGCUUACGUUGGUAGCACGGGAAGUACCAGCAUUAGUUUCAUUCUUCCGGGGUUGUUCUACUACAAAAUCUCCGCUCCCGACUCACCCACCCACCAACGUCUAAUGAAGGAAGAUGACGAGGCCGCAGAAGGCAUUUUCUCCGACGACGGCGAUAGCGACAAUGACGACACCGGCGCUCAUAGUCAUCCACUCUCCGACAGCGGUAUCCUCCGACUUGGCAUUCGCCACUGGCGCCGGUCCUUGCUGCGGAAACUCAGUCUUGCCCUCGCCCUCUAUGGCUUUGUCGUCAUGAUUGUGUGCUUGAUCACCAAUUCCCUCUUCAUCGCUUCGCAUUAA